AUGUAUGUUGUUAUCUAUACCCUGGGUUAGGUAUAAGCAUUACAGAAUACAGCCCUUAUCACUCACGGACCGCUCUCAGAAGGCUGGCAGUCGACUGCGCGCGGCGCAGGAUCGAUUUUUCCACAAAACAAGCCAUUUUCAACCAUCAGUGACAUGAUAAACACGUUUCCACGUUUUCUUACGCUAGCUGAUAAAUACUACAAAACAUGUGAAUGUCUUUCUCGUAAAUAAUGAACUACUAUUCGCAAUCUAUUGACAAUGGCCGCCCAAAAUAAAGAGUCUGGGUCGGAAGAAAUGCCGGCGGCAGCGAGUGCUGACCCCAGCGCCGAGCAAAAGGAGCGCCUCAUUGCUGCUGUCAAGAAGGAAGUUAAGCAGUUAAUGGAAGAGGCGGUAACAAGAAAAUUCGUUCAUGAAGAGAGUGGAGGUGUAACAGCGCUAUGCGGAGCGGUGGAGGCGUGCCUCGGACAGGGGCUGCGGCGACGGGCCCUCGGCUUGUUUAAAACUAGCUCUACGACGGCACUUUUGCACAAAAUUGCUAAGAAUUGUCCCGAAGCAGCCCUUGUGUCAGCGAGGGUGCUCGCAGCAGAGGGCGCUCCAGCGACCAGAUCGGCGUCUGGCGUGGAGAGGAGACCUUCCGCACCCCGACCUCCUUUAAACAAGCGAGGGUCUGGGUCUCUCCUUUCAUCGCAACCUCCUCCUACGUCUAGGUAUCUGUGGAUCCGCAUUGCGUUAUUUGAGCGUCAAUUAUCAAAAAUUAUAGAGCACUUGGUAAACAAUGCAACAAGAUAUUACGAAAGGGAUGCUUUGGUUGCUGAUCCUGAUUACGGCAGUAUUCUCAGUUCUCUGCUCGUGGGGCCAUGUGCUCUGGAAUAUUCUAAAGCUAAAGCACCAGCAUGCUUCUGGACGGACCCACCAGCCGAUGAAUUGGUACAAAGGCAUCGUAUGUCUGCGGGUACGACGACACCGCCGUCUGUGAGAAGACCGAUCCUCAACUUUAGGAGGAGUCUCAAUGCUUCGUCUGAUGAUAGCGUCGCUACUAGCGUUGGUUCGGGCAAUGCGGCUACAUCCAGUGCCAAAGAUUAUGUAGAAAGCUUGCACCAGAAUUCGCGUGCGACACUUUUGUAUGGAAAAAAUAAUGUCAGAGUUCAACCUAAAGAUGUAGAGGAACCGAUGCCAGGCUAUCUAAGCCUUCAUCAGACAGCUGCUGGGCUCGUCAUAAAGUGGACUCCCAACCAAUUGAUGAAUGGUUAUGCGGAAAGUGAAGGAAUUGAUAAGAGCCUCCUACGUUGCCACUUAGUGCAUGUGUCGGCGUGUCCGAACGUGUGUGUUUUGUGCAGCGCCGCCCCCUGUACUGUGUACAGGCGCUCGUGCGCUGGAACGCUUUGUGUCGAUUGUAUAUACUGGGCGAUGUCCUUACAAGUGUGCGUGUGGGAGGUCGUGUAUGUACACGUUCACCGCUCACAAGCGAGCGACGCUCUUAUACUCGUGGGACAAGAUGGCGUACAACGGCCGCCCAUACAUUUUCCGAAAGGUGGUCAUCUAUUGUCGUUCUUAAGCAACUUGGAGACCGGUCUUUUACCACAUGGGCAGCUGGAUCCUCCGCUUUGGUCUCAAAGAGGAACGGGGAAGGUAUUUGGUAGAAGCAAAGGCAGAAGGCGUCCGAUGCCAAGUUUGUGUGAAAGUGGUGAGACAGAGGAACAGGAGUUCGACGAAGUGGCUGGAGACUACGUGUUCCGCAUCGUGAAUAAUGCUAUUGCUGAUAGAGAAGCGAUGCGGCACUCUCUCUUGGAGCGUGUGAUACAAUCCCCACCGCGAACGCCACGACGCACUCUUGCCUCCACAUCCACCACCUCAUCCGACUCCAGCACCAUGUCGGUGGACUGCCCUCCCAUUAUUGGCAACUUGAAUCAGACCACGCAUGCUGUUGAGCAGGUAGCAUCAAUCGAGCUGGUGUGCAGCACGAUGCGGCGGCAGAUAAUAUCGCGCGCGUUCUACGGCUGGCUCGCGUACUGCCGGCACCUGUCCACCGUGCGCACGCACCUCAGCGGCCUGGUGCACGCGGCCAUUGUACCUGGAGAUGGCGCUGAUGACGGCCUAACGGCAGAGCGAUGGCGAUCACUGAUGGACGCAAACGGCGCCAUCGCGGACAAGGACGAAGUGUACCGGCUCGUGUACUACGGCGGGGUGCAGCACGACAUACGGAAGGAAGUGUGGCCCUUCCUUUUGGGUUAUUACGAAUUCGGAACUACAUUCGCAUCGCGGCUAGAGCAGGACAACUCGUACCGGCGGCAGUACGAGACCACGAUGUCGGAGUGGCUCUGCGUGGAGGCGAUCGUGCGCCAGCGCGACCGCGAGGCCACCGCAGCCUCCAUAGCCAGGCUCACGGAAGCUUCUGGAAAGCCCAAGCCCGACCCGGUUGACGCUAACGACGUAUUCGAGGACGACUGUAGCGUGAUCUCAGACAACCCACCAAUAGUUUCGCCAGAGCCCAGCGAGAACGAGCAAAAGAAUACAAAGCCAGUGCUGUCCCGCGCUCCAAGUAUAGACGAAGUCGACAAUAUCGAAGUGGACAAGAAAGUUAACGGAGAGACUGACACAUGUGAUUUGGAUAUUUCUUACGACCAAGAUGACGACGAAGUAUGCAUUAGAAGCGUGGUUGAGAACCCUGAUCUGAGGAGAGAAAGCAUUGCUGAAAUAAAGCGGCUGGCGGAAGGGAUCGUACAGAAGGGCGACGGCAGAGGGCUCUUGUGCAGUGUGGAUAGUUCUAAUGCUAAUAUGAAUGGGGAUAAGAGUAUGGAGGAGAGUCAGCCAUCGCCGAAUCAUCACACGACGCAUAGCGUUAUUGUUACGAAUCCUUCGGUGGAUUUGGCUGUCACUGGAUCACCGGCCUCAGGAGGUACCACAGCGCCAGCAAGUCCAGCGCGCAGUCCAUUAGGAGUGCUGCGGGAGGAAUCUCACUCAGCGGGCGCGUCCUUCGACGCCCUGGAACCGGACCGCUCCGACGCGCGCUCUGCCUGCGUGUCGCCCGCCAGCUCCAACGGCGGCGUGUACUCGAACGAGCUAGUAGAGAGCUUUGCCUUGAAUCUCCAUCGAAUAGAGAAAGACGUACAGCGGUGUGACAGGAACUACCCAUUCUUCACCGAUGAGAACUUAGACAAAUUGAGAAACAUUAUGUGCACGUACGUGUGGGAGCACCUGGAGACGGGCUACAUGCAGGGCAUGUGCGACCUGGCCGCGCCGCUGCUGGUGGUGACGCGCGACGAGGCGGUCGCGCACGCGCUGUUCGCGCACCUCAUGGCGCGCGCCAAGGACAACUUCCCCUCCGGACAGGCUAUGGACGCGCAUUUCGCGGAUAUGAGGUCAUUAAUCCAGAUCCUAGAUUGUGAGCUGUACGAGCUGAUGCACGCUCACGGCGACUACACGCAUUUCUACUUCUGCUAUCGCUGGUUCCUGCUCGACUUCAAACGGGAAAUGCUCUAUCAAGAUGUGUUCUCAGCGUGGGAGUUAAUUUGGGUAGCUCGUCACGUGGCCUCGGAGCACAUGGUGCUGUUUAUAGCGUUAGCUUUGCUUGAAACCUAUCGAGAUGUUAUACUAGCUAAUUCUAUGGAUUUCACUGAUAUUAUCAAGUUCUUUAAUGAAAUGGCUGAACGGCACGAUGCGUCAGCGGUGCUGUCUUUGGCGCGUGAUCUUGUGCUGCAAGUUCAAACUUUAAUAGAAAACAAAUAAACUUGAA